AUGUCGUCCGAUUCGAGAUCUCGCCGGAGAGGCGUCUGGAGCCAUUGGGUUCCACUGGCCGUGACCAUCACCGUCGCGACCGUCGGCAUAGCCGCCUGGGCAUGGAGCCAGCGACAGGGCGACGAGGAGGAAGAGGAGGAGGAUCCCCCGCCUGCCGGCCUCGACUAUGAAAACGCAGACUACGGCGAGAACCCAGCGUACGGCGCAAGCGACCGCCAUCUCAGAGACUCGUACUCCCGCGGUGAAGGCGCGACCUACGGCGUCACCGACCCGCACGCCGAAGCACAAGCAAAUGCAGGAUGGGGGCAGUCCAUGUCUGGUGCGCUACGCCGGACCCCAAGUCCCCAGCAGUUCCUCAGCAAUGCCGGCAAAGCUGUGACGGCCGGUGUGGGAGCCGUUGGCGCAGCCAUGGGUAGUGCGCUGGCUGCCAUCAGAGAAGAAGACAAGACCGCAUAUGCCGACCACGAGACGUGGUCGCAGGAGGCCGAGUCUAGAAGAGAAAAGGACAAGCCGGCCCAGCCGCGCGAGCCCAGCAAGCGGAGGAAGACGGUCGCCGUGGUCGUGUCUGCCGACACCAACCUGGACGACCUGGAUGAGGACGGCUUCCACGAACAUGCUUCCAUCCUCUCGCACAUUCCCCGAAACACAGACUUCUCCAAGAUCAAGCUCUUCAUCUUGAUCUACUCGCCAGGUCUCAAGGACACUUCCCUUGAUGCGCCGGCAAGUAACCUGCCUCCAGCUUCUCUGAGUUCGUCAUUCUCAAACAUUAGUCACAACCAGGCCCAGACUCCGGGUGAUGAGUCCAAGAGCCCCUUAUUGAAAGCAAAUGUGGACCCGGCAUUCAACGCCGUCUACUCGCAGGCUCUCGGCUUGGUCGAGAAGGAGUCGAUGAUCAUGCCCUUCACCACCGAGAAUGGGCACGUUCACAUCUUGCACCACCUGCAGCCGGAAGUCGUCUACCUGCAGGAGUCGCUGGCUGGUGAUAAUGGUCUUCACAUCACGCGCCUCCAAUCCUGGCUCAGAUAUGACGUCAUCUUGGUGGUCGGCGCCGAUGGUGGCCAUGGCGGGCUCGCGGACAGUGAGUCGGAAGCCGAGAGACCUGACAAGACGGAGAAAUGGUGGCAGAGGGAGGACCGGGUCGGCCGCGGCAGAGGAGUCGUCGUGGUUGAUAGUCUCCGGGUUGGUGACGAUUGGGCACGCCGGGUGCAGGGCAAGGAGUAG